CAGGUUCAGUCCCUUCACUGCAGUGGUCUGUGUACCCUUUUCCUCUGCUGCUACCUCCUCCUUCUUAUACCACCUUCCAUCCACUUUCAUCAGAUUGGAAUUCAUGCCCUCUUUCUGAGAUUUGAGGCUUUUUCUCUGGUGGGUGUGAUUCAGUGAGAGGGUGAGAGAGAGUGUGUGUGUGUGUUCAUCAUCAAUCAACAAAGGAAAAUGGUGAUUUCUGAUGAAAAUGCUUCUUCUAACAACUCACUAAAGCCUGCAAGUUUUCAAGAUUGUGUGGGUGGUGCCAGAAAGGUUGGGCAGAACAGAAGAGCGUUGGGGGUGAUCAAUCAGAGUUUGGUGGAAGGUCGACCUUACCCAUGCGUCGUUAACAAGAGGGCAUUGUCAGGAAAGAUUGAUGUUUGUGUGAAGAAGCAGGCAGAUCCGGUGCAUCGUCCCAUCACAAGGAGGUUUGCUGCACAAAUUGCUAGCAGCACUCAGCAAUCUCAAGCUGAGGAAACCAAGAAGUCAAACUUGACAGUUGGAAAUUCGAAUGGAUUUGGGGAGUGUAUAUUUGUUGAUGAUGAACUCAAGCCAGAAGAUCAGCCAGUGCCUAUGUCUCUGGAGCAAACAGUGCAUAGUGAAUCUGAUCAGAUGGAGGAAGUGGAGAUGGAGGAUAUUAUUGUAGAUGAGCCUAUUGUGGACAUUGAUGCCGGAGAUGCGAAUAAUCCUCUUGCAGUUACUGAUUAUAUUGAAGGUCUUUAUUCCUACUACAGAAAAAUUGAGAGUACUGGCUGUGUCUCACCUAAUUAUAUGACACAACAAUGUGACAUUAAUGAAAGGAUGAGAGCUAUACUGAUUGACUGGCUUAUUGAGGUCCACGACAAAUUUGACCUCAUGCAUGAGACAUUGUUUCUCACUGUGAAUCUGAUAGAUAGGUUUUUGGAGAAGCAGACAGUGGUACGGAAAAAGCUCCAAUUGGUUGGUCUAGUGGCCAUGCUUUUGGCCUGCAAGUAUGAGGAAGUUUCGGUGCCCGUGGUGGGAGAUCUGAUUCUCAUAUCUGACAAAGCAUACUCAAGGAAAGAAGUUCUGGAAAUGGAGAAGCUGAUGGUGAACACAUUGGAGUUCAAUAUGUCUGUGCCAACAGCAUAUGUUUUCAUGAGAAGGUUCCUAAAGGCAGCUCAAGCAGACAGAAAACUUGAGCUGCUAGCUUUCUUCUUGGUUGAGCUGUCUCUAGUUGAGUAUGAGAUGCUGAAGUUCCCUCCAUCUCAUAUUGCUGCAGCUGCAGUCUAUACAGCUCAAUGCGCAAUCUAUGGCUUCAAACAGUGGUGCAAGACAUGUGAAUGGCACACCAACUACUCAGAAGACCAGCUAUUAGAGUGCUCUAGUUUGAUGGUUGGUUUUCACAAAAUGGCUGGGACAGGGAAACUUACUGGGGUGCAUAGGAAGUAUUGCUCAUAUAAGUUCAACUAUACUGCUAAAUGUGAACCAGCAAGUUUUCUUCUGGAGAACAACAACCCAUUGUUGUAGCAGGCCAUGUAUAGCUUCUAACAACAACAACAUUUGACUUUGGUAAUUGGGGGCCUGUUUGAUUGAGACGAUCUAUGCACAUGUUAGCAACUUCUUGGGUUGCACUGGGGAUGGGAGAUUUCUAGGAUUCUGAAAUCCUGUGGUGUUCUGUUUUACUUUAUUGUUUACUUUACAUUUUCUGUGAUGUUCUAAUUGAACAUAACUUGUUCAUUUCAAGCUCUAUUUCUGUUAUUAUCCCAUUGAACAAAAUAAUGGAAAUGAUUACAUACAAAAA